CGUUGAGCAUUUCCUGUCUUUUCUCUCACUCAAAACAGUUUUCCUCAUGGAUGCACCAAAUGACCAGGAUUGUUGGCACCUCAUUGAUCACAGCCACGUGAAAGAUUUUGAAGUAGACCGAUGGGUCAAGAUCACCCUUGCCCUCAUCUACAGCUUUAUCUUUGUGGCAGGGAUCUUGGGCAACAGUGUCACCAUCCAGACUUCCAAAAUCCUGCAAAAGAAAGGCUACAUGCAAAAAGCAGUGACCGACCACAUGAUAAGUCUAGCAUGUUCGGAUCUCUUGGUGAUCUUACUGGGGAUGCCUGUGGAAUUCUACAGCAUCAUAUGGAAUCCUUUCUCUACCACCAAAGGAGAUCUAAUCUGCAAGUUGUACAGCUUCCUUUUUGAGGCUUGCAGCUAUGCCACUGUGUUACAUGUGGCCACCCUAAGCUUUGAAAGGUACAUUGCCAUCUGCCAUCCAUUUAAGUUCAAAGCUACUUCUGGAACCUACAAAGUGAAGAUCCUCAUUGCCUUUGUUUGGAUUACAUCUGUGCUGGUCGCCCUACCCCUUCUCUUUGCAAUGGGGGCAGAGCACCCAUUGGUAGACAUCCCAGACCAUCAAGGGUUGACUCUCUGUGAAAAGUCCAAGACUCAACGUCUGCCUGAAUUCAGUUUAAAUGUGACAAUAUGUACCAAUUUAUCAUCCAAAUGGAGAGUCUUCCAGUUCAGUAUUUUCACUGCCUUCAUUGUGUAUCUCAUAGUAUUGGUAUCUGUAACAUUUAUGUGCCGGAAUAUGAUUAAAGUGUUGAUGGUCUACAAGCAAGCAACAGUGGAGGUAAAAGGAAGAGGAAAUCAGUCCCAAUUUCUAAGGAAAGCCGAAAGUCCAGAGAGCAGAGGAUCCAAAAAACAGACUCUUAUCUUUCUAG